AUGCCACUUAUGCCACCCCUGAAGAUUAUGGAUACCAUGCUGACGGCCGAAUCGGUUACCGAGCCUACAGUUUAUAGUAUGGCUUGCAAAACAAAGCUUAAGAUUCCAACGGCCGCGGCGCGGAUAGCCACGGACGAGGCUGGUGCUCGGAGCUUGGUAGCCAUGAUAGUGGACAACAUAGCUAUCAUUUCCACGAUUGAGCCACCGACAGGGGUCUCAUCCUUUGAGGAAAGAAAGUUACGCAUCUAG